AUGGAGAUCCAAUUGACUCCCACCGAACCGGCGCCGGCCAAAACAGAGGUUCUACUUAAAGAAGAGUCGCCGGAGAAGGUUCUGGAAGUUCUGGCGAAGCCAGAGGCCGACGCAAAGACCGACAACUCGUCGAAUCAUACCCGGUCAAGAACAAGGAACGAAUCGCUCACGCCUUCGCAAUUGAAGCAGCGUGCAGCCAAUGUGGUGGUCCAUUCGCGGUUGAAGCCCUCGGCUUUAGCGCACGAUGCGCUUUCGGCGCUCGAGCCGGCCGUUACUGGCACACAUACAGUAAAUGGAGAAGUGUACAAUCUACACGAUGAUCUUCCGCUUAACAGAAGGGGCUACAAAUACCGCGCGUGUCGUCCGAACGCGAACUUCGCUUCUAAUCUUUAUCUGACGACGGAUAUGCCUCCGUUCCGUGUGCGGGCAUGUUAUUUCGACCGUGCCAGUGGAGUAUCUUGUAGUGAGGAUGCUUCGGCAGUAACAACGUCGCUGGGAUGGCUCCUGGCACGAGCAAACGUAGGUAUGCGCGAGGGAACACACUACUUUGAGUUCGACGUAAUCCACGCCAAUGAAGGGUCCGGAAAGGCCCAUGUUCGUCUCGGCAUAGGCCGUAAAGAGGCUGCGCUCGAGGCGCCUGUAGGAUUCGACGGGUAUGGAUAUGGGCUUCGCGACAAGACAGGACAAAAGAUCACCUUGAGCCGCCCGCAUGCAUUCAUGGAGGCUGGUUUUGGGACUGGCGACACCAUUGGCAUUGUAGUAAAACUUCCCCUGCUUGCAGACCAUAGGGCAAGCAAUGCGGCGUUUGCCCAAAGCUAUCAGCAAUCACAGCCAAGGAAACGCAAGGCCGCUGCUAUGGCCGUGGAUUCUGAGGAAAGAGCCCUCAGCCAACCGGGCAACAUUGUCCGGGACCAGAUUCCGAUCAAAUACAAGAGCGGACUCUACUUUGAACAGUUCGAGUACACACGAACGAAACAGAUGGACCAUUUGCUCAACCCAGUCACCGUGCUAGGCGAAAAGGCGGUCUUGGAACAGGAAAAGGACUCAAAGGCCCCACUUCCCGUGAUACCAAACUCACAAAUCGUAGUGUACAAGAACGGCGAGCUUGUGGGAGAGAUGUUUAACGACCUCUACUCCUUCUUGCCGCUCAAUAUUAGCGAUGAUGCCCAGGCCACGGAAUCCAACACAAAGCAGCAGCAAAACCAGUCAUACAGGAACACCGACGAUUUAUCCUUGGGCUAUUAUCCCAUGAUGUCUGUGUUUCAGAACGGUGUGGUUGGCAUCAAUGCCGGGCCAGACUUCAAGUACGCUGUUCCCGAGGGGGCCACUCCUCUAUGCGAGCAGUACGAUAACCAAGUGACCGAGGAAUGGCUUUGGGACAUAAUUGAUGAAGUUGAGGCAGAGUACCUCGAUAGCUUUGACUGA